AUAAAAUAUGUUUAUGAGAAGAUAUUUUAAGCAGUGCCUGGAGCUGUCGAGCAUCGACCACAAUGGACACCCUUCAGAAGUUCGGGUGCCUCACCUUUUCCUUCAAAUCUCCAUUGCCAACCACUCCUCCAAUUCGUCCUCCAUUAAAACCAUCUAACUGGAUUCUGAGAACAAGCCUUCGUCCAGUGAGUGGAAUAGCGGAAGAAGAUGUACUCCAAACAUUCCUCCGAGAGAGACAAUUGAAUGGUGAUUUCAUAUCAAAGGUGUCUGAUAUGUUAUGGCAGGACGAAGCUACCAAGUUGCUUGGUGUGGCUGAGUCUGCAGCACUUGCUGAUGAUGACACUUCUCAACAACCAAACCAGGUGACCGAAAGUGGUGAUGAUGGUGGCUUUUUGAAGCUCACAAGAACCCAGGAAUGGGUGCAAGGUGACAUCUCUGCACCAAUAAAUAAAAAGGCUGUUGCUAAGGCAUUGCAGGAUGACAGGGAUAGAAGGAAGAGACUCAACCUUCUCCAAUAUGAAGCUUUGAAGAGAGAACUAUUCCUUGUGUCUAUUGGAAUAGGAAUUGCAUGUAGUGGUUACUGCUUGGUUGUUCUAUCGGUCCAGGCUGCUAUCAGUUAUGCAACAGGAUGUCUUUUCAGUUGCUUGUACCUUCAGCUUCUGUACCGCCAUGCAGAUAACCUGUCUAGAGAAGCAAUUCCUCAAAUCUUCAGGCAGAAGAAGACUAAGAAAAUUGGAAUAAGAAGUGAUGAUUUGAAGGAUUCAUUUGAGAAAUCAAUCAAGGGUAGUGGUAUUGCUCUUUCAUCUCCAAGGCUUGUUAUCCCAGCAGCAAUAUAUGGACUUUGGAUUUUCUCUCAUCAAUAUAUCUCCAAUGAGUUCUUUGAUUUCCAACUUGUGCCAGCAAUGCUUGGGCUGUUUGUGUACAAAGCUGCUGCUCUUGUUCAAGUUUAUAGAGAUAACGAAGACCUGCAAUUGAUUUUUCCAGAAAACGACUAAAGUUUUGCAGAGCCUAACCCAAAAAGCUUCUUGAAGAUAGUUUGAAGGAAGUCCUGUCAACAGGUACAUUGUUUCCUGAUUCAAACAUCUACAUUGCUGCCAGUUAUGUAAGAAACUCUGGAAAUUGUUUCUCUCAAGCAAGAACGAUUCAAGGUCCGCUAAUUCAUGUAAGUAGUUGUACCACCAAGUUUAGUGUAUACCCUUUUAUCCAGAUUUAAAGGAAGUGUGAAACAUGAUUUUGACAAGGAGAAGUUGAAUUUGUUUAUCAAGAAUCCUCUUGACAUUUGUUUAUCAAGGAGAAGUUGAAUUAA